GGAGAAGUAAUCGGCGGGAGAAGCUAUGUCGAGGCUAUGGGCGAGAUUUGCGGGAUUGUUCAGUAGCAAGAGUUUCAUCGGAGUAGACAAGACUGGCAACAAGUACUUUUCCAGAAUGGAGCAGAUUGACGGAUUGGGCGAGUAUUUGAAGGAGAAAAGAUGGGUUGUCUUUAGACGAGAGGAGGACCCAACCUCUAUUCCUGUUGAAUGGAUAUGCUGGCUGAAUGGGCAGCGGAAAAGGGCUCCUACUCCUGAGGAAAUGGUUGAACUUGAAGCAAGGCGUGAGCGUGUGAAGCUUAAUGUUGCUCUUCUCAAGAAAGAAGAGGAGGAGAAGAAAGCCAGAGAAGGCACCGGACGCAAAAUCUCCAUUGGUAAAGUUGACGGUCCAGAUUUGACAAGCUUUGUUCGCCAAUUUCCACCGGAUUCAAAAGGUGGUGAACCAGAGGAAGCUAGUGAAGAAACAGAUAAAUCAAGGGCCAAGGAACAUGAACCUGAGAUAGUUUCUGCAGAACCACCCGAACCAAAGACAACAGAGCCAUCAGGAUCCGGAUCAUCAUUUAGGCCCGGGACAUGGCAGCCACCAUCCUAAACACACUCUUCACGCAGAUAACAAACCAACAGAAUUUUCGGUCCAAUUAUUUUGUUUAUUGUACUCUACACAUACCGGUUGGUUUGAGCCUUACAGAUGAACCAUUAGACCAUAGAGCUUUUCAAGACCCUAAAAUUGUGGCCUUUCACGCUGUCAUUGAGGACUUAGAAGAGUCAAAAUGAGAAGCCAUCUUCUAUGAUUUGUUUUGUUUAGGGUGUUUGUCUCUUGGCAUAAUGCUUGAGACUUUUAGCUUGCCUUGUCCUUCAUAGCUGAAGAAGAGCCUAGCUACCCUUUGUUUUUCUUCGUUGACUUUAUUAAACAUUUUGAUUGAAU